AUGGCUUGCACGGAGUCAGCGAGUAGGAUUCUUCACUAUGUGAAAAAUGUGUACUUUAGAAAUAAAGUCGGUGAGCAGGUGUUCUUUGAUGCAAAUGGUAACCCUCCUGCAGUAUAUGACAUUUUGCAAUGGCAGCUUUCACCUGCUGGCCUUUCCAGUUAUGCAAGAGUCGGACAAUUUAAUUCCAGUGCAACAGCCAAAAAAGCUCUUUUUAUAAAUGACAGCAGCAUUUUAUGGGAUGGUGAUAAGGUACCUCAAUCGGUAUGUAGCACUAUUUGCCAGCGGGGCUUCAGAAAGAUUGUCCAGCCUGGCCAACCAGUGUGCUGCUUUGACUGUGUUCCCUGCUCUCUGGGUGAAAUUGCAAACCAAAGUGAUUCUGCUGAAUGUCUGAGAUGUCCAAUUGAUCAGUGGCCAAAUGAAGGUAGAGAUAAAUGCCUCCCUAAGAAGAAAGAUUUCCUUUCCUAUGCUGAGCCAUUGGGAUUGACUUUAACAACUCUUGCUCUGUUUUGCUUUUUGACUGUUUUUAUUAUCUUUAUAAUAUUUAUCAAGUACUGUAACACUCCAGUAGUUAAAGCCAACAAUCGGAAUAUAAGUUAUAUCCUGCUUUCGGGUCUUAUGCUUUCCUCCCUUUCCUGUCUGAUGUUUAUUGGAAAUCCCAGAACACCGACAUGCAUGUUACGUCAAGCUGCAUUUGGGAUUAUAUUUGUUCUGUGUGUAUCAUGUGUCUUGGCAAAAACAGUCCUAGUGGUAAUUGCCUUCAAUUCAACUAAGCCAAACAGCAGCUUAAAAAAAUAUAUUGGCUCCAAACUACCAAAUGCUAUAGUAUGUGGAUGUACUUUUAUUCAGGUAUUAGUGUGCACAAUAUGGUUGGGAACUUUUCCACCUUUCCCAGAGGACAAUAUGGCAAGUCUUUCUGGGACUGUGGUCGUUGGGUGCAAUGAAGGCUCUCCUGUAGCAUUUUGGUGUGUUCUGGGAUAUAUGGGUGCUCUGUCAUGCAUUAGCUUUGCUGUAGCCUUCUUGUCCAGAAAAUUGCCAGACACCUUUAAUGAGGCAAAAUUCAUCACAUUUAGUAUGCUUAUUUUUAUUAGUGUUUGGCUUUCAUUCAUUCCCGCUUACCUUAGCACACAUGGAAAGUAUAUGGUUGUUGUUGAAAUAUUUGCAAUUUUGUCAUCUAGUGCAGGACUAACCAUUUGUAUAUUUCUACCAAAGUGUUAUAUUAUUUUAAUUCAGUCUCAUAUGAAUACCCGUGACUUUCUGUUAGGCAGAAAUGCUAUGUAUACUAGAAAAUUACAGUAG